UGGAUUAUAGGAGGUGCUUAGUUCGUGUUGUCUUGGUGUAGGUAAACACAGAGAUAUGGACUCCACAGACCUCUGAAUCCCGUCAACUAUGCAAUAACUUCAUAGAUAGUAAAGAACUUGCACCGCGAUCACUGCAUGGGACUUAUUCAGCAAACGAGCACGAUUAACCUUGUGGUGCUAAUAAUCUUGGACAAGAAGUGGUGAAAAUGAAAGGAAUAUAUCUCUAUUUAUGGGCGUUAUUGAUAUGGGAGACCUAUGGGUCCCCCGUGGUCACAUCGCCCCUACCUGACGGUAGCAGCACCGUCAACGUCCCGGAGAACACGGCGACGGGGACAGUAAUCUUCACCGUCCUACCGACUACAGCUACAUGGACGUACGCCCUGGCCCCCGCCGGGACUCCCUUCAGCGUUAACAUAGGGGGGUCAGUGCAGGUGGCUUCUGCUCUGGACUUUGAAACGGCCCCAGGACCACAUAUAUUGACCAUUACGGUUACUGAUCCCGCCGAUCUUCCGCCAACUGACGUCACGCUCACAGUGAUCGUGACCAACGUGUACGACGAGGCCCCGACCAUCACGGGGACGUUCACCGCCACGACAGAUGAGGAGGUGGCGGUGGGGACGACGUUGACGGUGGGAUAUACCGUAGCCGACGUAGAGACGGCUAACGGCGAUGUCCUCACCUACAGUCUGCUGGGUCCGGACGCAGCAUAUUUCCAAAUUGACGCGACCACCGGAGCCAUCAGCAUCAGGGACCGGAUCGACUAUGACGCCGGUAUCACCAGCCUCUCCAUCACCGUGCAGGUGACCGACAGCGGGGGCAACACUGCGUCGCAGGCGAUCACCGUCACCGUCAACGACAUCAACGACAACACACCCGUCUGCUCACCCAGUACCAUCUACGGCAGUGUUGCAGAGAAUACCGGCACAGGAACCGAUGUGGCCAGUCUCGUGUGCACAGACGCCGACACUACACCCAACAGUGACAUCACAUACACCAUCUUCAGCGGUGACGACGCCAACCCCAACGAAAAGUUUGCUCUGGCUGGCACCGCCAUUCAGACGACAGCCACAGUCCUAGACUAUGAGACCAAGUCAACGUACACCCUCAUCGUUCACGCCGUCGACGCCCCCGCUACAGGCACCCCCAAGACGGGCACGGCCACCGUCAUCGUGCAGGUUUCUGCUGUGAAUGAGGCCGACCCAGUCUGGGGGACUAAUGUACCCGCGGGUACAUCUUUCCCCGUGUCGGAGUCAUCUCCCCUUGGGACCUCCAUCGUUACCAUAGCAGCCACGGACGCUGACCUUGGAGUUGACGGAGCCCUCACAUACCAGCUCGUUUCAACUACACCAAUCGCAGGGGCAGCUGUAACAGGCAUCUUUACUUUGAAUGCGGCAACGGGUGAGCUGACGACAGCGUCGACACUUAACAGAGAAAGCGUCACAUCCUACACUGUGGUUGUAAGGGCAACAGAUGGUGGGACACCAGCAAGAUCAGUUGACGACACGCUCACCAUUACUAUCACCGACGUCAACGACAACGCUCCUGUCUUCACCGCCGCCAGCGUUCUAACUGGAUCAAUACCUGAAAGUUCCCUUGCUGGGACAUCCAUCUUAACGCUCGUUGCGUCAGACGCCGACGCAACGUCAACGUUGACCUUUUCAGUCACCGGCGGUGACGUUGUACCGGCAAAGUUUGAGUUCAGCGGCACGACGCCAGGACAGCUUCAGCUUGCAAGUCCCAUCGACCUGGACCAACCGACAAACGACGCCGGCUCCUACAGUCUGACCGUCAUCGUGACAGAUGGAGGGACACCCGAGUUGACGGGGACGACGUACGUCACUGUCACCGUCACUGCCGUCAACCAACACACACCCGUCAUGAACACGCCCUCCCCUGCUUCCACCGUGUCGAUACCCGAAAAUACUGGUGUUGGGACGUCUGUUGCAACUGUAACGGCGACGGACAACGACAUCGGCACUGAUGGGACGCUGACAUACGCCAUUUCAAAUGGCAAUACCGGCACAGCCUUUAAUAUUGAUCCAACACUGGGCGUGAUUCGAACCCAGGCGGCUUUGGACUUCGAUGCGGGGCCACAGCAGUACCUUCUCGAGGUGACAGCGACAGAUGGAGGUGCGACGGCGCUGAUCGGGACGACGACCGUCACUGUUGACAUCACCAACGUCAACGACAACGCUCCAGUGUGCCCCUCUUACUUCAUCACGCAGUCAAUGGCAGAGGCAGUCACAGCGGCAACUACGUUGACGACAAUAACGUGCACAGACGCGGACACCGCCGACAUCCUGAGCUACACCAUCACAAGCGGAAACAUCCCCGUCUUCUUCAGCAUCGUCACUACAACAGGGGAGAUAACUACAACAACACCGUUCGACUACGAGGGCACGAGGGAGUUCACGCUGAACGUAAACGUAGUCGACAACGGCGCUACGCCCAACUCUGUAGAUGUAACGGUCAAGGUGUUGGUCACUCCCGUAAAUGAGUUCGAUCCUGUCUUUGCUCCGGCUGCCUACACAACUACUGUUCCUGAAAGCUCAGCCAUUGGGACCAACGUCGUACAGGUGACGGCGACGGACAACGACCAGGGCGCAUUAGACGGCACUGUCAGAUACAGCAUCACCGUCGGGGACAGUCAGGGCAGGUUCACUAUAGACGAGGCCACGGGGCAGAUAACCCUUGCCAAGCAGCUAAAUAGAGAACUGGUUAACUCGUAUACCCUCACUGUUACCGCAGCUGACGACGUUGCUGGGUCUGGGACGUCGAGGAUGGUGACGACGUCAGUGACAGUGACGGUUGGAGACGCCAACGACAACUCCCCCAUAUUUAACCCUAGUUUCUAUACGUCAAGUCCUAUUGAAACGUCAGUUGCACUGUCGGUCAUUUUGACGGUAACAGCCACUGAUGACGAUCUCGCCAGUAAUUCGGCGCUGACCUACACGGUGAUCGCUGGAGAUCUCACAGGUGUGUUUGAAUUUAAUGGUGCUGAUUUGAGAAUAGCAGCAGGGAAGAACCUCGACUACGCCACAAUACCAACAUUCGACCUCACUAUUCAAGCUUCAGACGCUGGCGCCGGGCCCCUGACGGACACAGCUCGUGUGGUCAUUGACGUCCAGCCAGCCAAUCAAAACUCUCCAGUUUUCACAAACCCAAACCAAAUUAUCACAAUCAAUGAGUCUAUUGCUAUUGGAAGUACAGUUUUAACAGCCAUAGCAAGUGACGCCGAUUCUGGAGCAUUCGGAACUGUGAAUUACACCAUCAUCAGCGGCAACACUCCCGCUGGCAGCUUCGUGAUUGACAGCACGACGGGGGACAUCUUGGUGUGGUCGCAACUGGACUACGACAUCCCUCCUACCUUCUUCAACCUGACCCUAGAGGCGAAGGACGGAGGUGGAAUGACAAACACCACGUGGCUCUACAUCGAUCUAAACGACGUCAACGACAACUUCCCACAGUUUGCCCAAAACGUAUACAACAUCGCUGUUGAUGAGAAUCUUGCCACUACCACGUCAGUUGCUCAGAUUGUUGCUACAGACGCUGAUACGGGAACAAACGGUCAAAUCGACUAUUCCAUCACUUCCGGUGACGGGCAGACGACAUUUGCUAUUGACGCGACAACUGGCGACGUCACAACAAUCGCGGCUUUAGACUACGAGACAAAGACAACCUAUAACCUAGUCAUCCAGGCUAUUGACAGAGGAACCCCUACGGCAAACAGUGCCACGACUUUGGUGGUGAUAACCCUCAACGAUCUGAACGAUAAUACGCCUAUAUUCACUCCGUCAAAUUUUACCGUUGAUCUUGAUGAAAACGUUGCCAUAGGAACGUCAGUGGCUACCAUGGCAGCAUCAGACGCUGACUCUAUCGCCAAUAGUAACGGUAUUUUUACAUACAGUCUCACCAGCACCUUUUUUGCGAUCAACUCAACAACAGGGGAGAUUACCACGCUUGUUGCCAUUGACAGAGAAGUAGUCGAUAGCCACGUUCUGACAGUGACAGCUACAGACCAGAAUGGCGUCGGACCCAACGUCGGCACUGGUACACUAAACGUCAACGUUGUCGACCUGAACGACAACGCGCCUGCGAUCACCGGCACCUAUACCAAGACUCUACCCGAGAACACUGCAGUUGGGACCAUUAUCUACACCAUAGCAGCAACAGAUGCCGACAUCGGCCGUAACGGAGAGCUCUCCUUCGCUAUCACCGCCGGUGACCCUACCAACGACUUCGCCAUCGAGUCAAGGUCAGGCAUUCUGCAACUUAGCAAAGCCUUGAACAGGGAGGUGACUCCAAGUUACACGUUGACUGUCACCGUUACUGACAACGGAGUCAGCCCUCUACUUAGCGUCGUCACAGUAUCUUUUACAAUAAGCGACGUCAACGACAACGACCCCGUUUUCCAGAAUCUUCCUUACGCGUUUAGCAUUGCAGAAAACGUUCCGGCAGGGUCUACUGUAAACUAUGUAACCGCCAUUGACAUUGAUACAGGCACGAAUGGAGCUGUAGGGUAUGAAUUCGUCAUCUUCUGGCGGGGAAAUAACACUCACUUCAGCGUAAAUGGCGGAUCAGGGGAGAUAACUACAAACGGUGGCCUUGACCGAGAGACACAGGACACUUACAUCAUAUGGCUGAGGGCAUCCGAUAAUGGCGUUCCUAUCAGAUCAGCAAGCACGAAUGUGACAAUAACCAUCACUGACCUUAAUGACAAUGAUCCCGUGUUUGACGCUACGUCGUAUUCAGGGUCAGUGAGUGAGAAUGCGACCAUCGGCACAAGCAUCCUUACGAUCGGUACUACUGACAACGACAUCGGUAUCAACGCCGUUGUGACGUUGUCAAUCGAUACGACAACUACAGCAGGAGCGAGAGCUGCACUUUUCUUUGAUAUCAGCACAGCUACGGGAGACCUUUCUGUCAAAGCAGUUGUUGACAGGGAAACCGACUCGAGUUUCACGUUCAGCAUCCUCGCUGUUGAUGGAGGAGCUACACCACGCACGUCGACGACCACGGUAACAAUAACUGUGACUGACGUCAACGACAACAACCCUGUAAUGUCGCCCAGCUUCUACAACACAGAGAUUGCUUACACCGGCGUCUGUGACAGCUCCAUCACCACCGUUACCGCUAGUGAUGCAGACAGUGGACUGAAUGGACAGGUUAUUUAUUAUCUCAUACAAAGCACGUACAACUACCUCUUUAAAGUGGACUCGAACACAGGUGCCUUUUCGCUACAAUCCCAAGCUGCGAACAACUUCCGGUACGUCAUAGAGGCGUCUGCACGAGACGCGGGAACUCCUGUCCUCACUGCCGCAACACCUGCCACCAUCCGUAUAGACACCUUUGACCCUAACGCCGUCGCCGUCACCUUCAGGCUCAGUAUCAGUCAGGCUACAUUCCUGGCACAAGAAGCCACCUUCAUCGCAGAACUACAAACCCUCAUCCGGGUUAAAUACCCCUCUGCCAUUUUCAGAGUUUGGUGUGUCGAGAUCAGAAGCGGGACUUCCGGUAUCCCGUCAACUGGGAGGAGAAAACUUCUACAAACAACAAGUUCCAUCAACGUCCACACCUACACUGUAGCAGACAGCUCCACCGAGUCCGUCAGCAACGUCAACCAAGACAAGACGUUGUUGACGUCGUCUGAGACGCUGCAGUUCUUCUCUACAGACCCCCAGGGCUCUCCCUCGUCUGCCGUCACAGGAGGCAAUCUGAACGCAUUCGGUAUCACAUCUGUGGUCCCAUACUACCAGGUCAACACUCCCUGGGCCCAGACGCCCGAGGGCAUCGCCAUCCUCACCUUCAUCGCCAUCGUCAUCCUUGCCCUCAUCAUCACUGGCAUCAUCGUAACCAUAGUGGCGUGCAGGAAGAAACAGAGGCCAAUUACACCUGUCCGUGCAGCGAAGCGAUCCAUACGCCAGUCGAUGGAAAGAUUUACUUACAAAGAUGACGAUGAGAUCUACAGAUCAAAGUCCCCUCCUCCUGCCUAUUCCGAGAAGCCACGCCCCAUGAAACCUGGUCAAGAUGGCGUCGCUAGUAUGACCAAUUCAUCAGGGUCAAGGCCGUUCCUGUCUAACAGAGACUUCGAAGGUCGUGCUGUGGAUCCAGCUACUGGUCGAGUGUAUGGCUACAAUUCGAAAACAAAUCAAAGGGACUGGUUAACGACACCUGACGGCCGCUCGUUGAAAGUCACCCACCAUUAAUCUCGCAAUGUCUCGCGAGGCAUCUCUUGAUCUCAUCUACUGUGGACGUUUGACACUCGGGAGCGAUGCCCGGUUGUCCAUAUAAUUCACAACAAUUGCACAUGAAUUUUAGUUUAUCUGCCAACCUGAAAACCGUCCAGAUGCAUUUAACUGGUAUAAACAGUUUAUGCUUUUCUUAUCCAGAAAUAAACUGCCGUGCAAAAGAAAGUUGAUGUUGGUCAAACAUUAAACAAACAAGACGUGGUUAUUCGAUGGUGAUGUACAGUCGUCCUUGCUUUUAAUACCCCUGGCUUUAAUGCCAUGUUUUGCUCAGAACGUCUUUCAGCAGUGCAAAAUGUCAUGGUUAUAAUGCCAAAUGCCAAUGUUUUUCAGAACAACAGUUCCAAUUCCAUGGUUAUAACACCAUUAUUAAUUUGGUUUUUUUACAUAAAAUUGGAAAUCUAGUUAAUCUUUUGGUGGCAAUUCCUUCUUCUAAAUCAACAAAAUUGAAUCGAUCUCAGCUAAUCUUCACACAUAGAAUCAUUCACUUUCUUAAAAUAACAAACAAAUUUGUUUUUGUUGAAGAUAAUAUCCUUUUCUGUAAUAAUAUCCUCAACCCCAGUUGUUCCAAACAUUUUAUUACAAAGUUUAUGUUGAAAAUGAAUAUACAGGCCUCCUUGGCUAUAAUGCCACCCUGGUUAUAAUGCCCCCUGGAUAUAAUGCCACCCUGGUUAUAAUGCCAUACAGGUGGAAUAAUAACCAAGGAGACUGUAUUUGACACGGAUACCAUUGUUGAGUUUUGAAACUUCAGUGUUUCGGCGACUGUUUUCAUUCAGCCUUGUAACGUUUUGAUAACUUUUGUAAGUUUUUUGUCAAACCCAAUUUUCAAGUGUAUACUUUGUUUUGCCCAGCAGUUUAUCUCUUCUAAAAACAACAACUACAUAACCUGAGCGUUAUGUACAUUAAAACUGAUGCACGGAUUUGUUAGCAAUGUAAUGUUUUUCAACUUUUAUUUAUUACUUUUGUACAUAAUAAAUAUUGUGUGUGUCCAUCUGGAACGACAAGAGCAUCUGACGUGCUCGAACAUAUUUUCUGAGGCGAUGUUAUAUAGUGAAACCUCGUUAAUUAGAAAAAAACUCCUUCCGGGCUCUACUGUUGGAAAGUGUAACAAUUAUUCGUUAAUCCGGAUAUUUAUUAAUGUGGACGAUUUCCUUGGGGGCGAUCCUGCUGAUAUAACGAGGUUUCAGUGUACACCUUUAAGCCCUAUGUAAGUGAAAAGACAAAUGUUGAUAAUAUGCUCCUUCAACAGUUUACAUGUUAAUAUUCAGGGUGAAACACCUUAAACAUAUAUAGUACAAGCCUUCUGUGAUAUAUUCUUGUAUGUGAUAUGUCGAUUCUGUUUUAUGUGUUGUACUGAAAGCUGUAUUGAGUCUAUGUGAGUAAAUUCUCUGUUCUCA